AUAUUAUUAGUUCAUGUUGAACAUAACCUUUUUCAUUCGGUGUGUAAUAAAAGACGGUAUGUGAAUUAUAGAAAAUCCAAAAACUGAAUGAAAAUCAUCUAUGUAAUAUAAAACAUAUAUAUAUUAGUUUAAUAUAGAUAAAUAAAGAUCUUGUAAUUCCUUAUAAAAAUGGCUAUUCGUCCAGUAUAUAGGCCUACAAUUGUGAAAAAAAGAACAAAAAAGUUCAUUCGUCACCAGAGUGAUCGUUAUAGUAAAUUAAAGAGAAACUGGCGUAAACCUAAAGGUAUUGAUAACAGAGUUCGUAGGCGUUUUAAGGGACAAUAUUUGAUGCCCAAUAUUGGUUAUGGAAGUAACAAAAAAACUCGUCACAUGUUGCCAACUGGUUUUAGAAAAGUUUUGGUACAUAAUGUCAAGGAACUGGAAGUUUUAAUGAUGCAAAACAGAAAAUUCUGUGCUGAAAUUGCUCAUGGUGUGAGCAGUAAAAAACGUAAAUCCAUUGUUGAACGUGCUCAACAACUUUCAAUAAGAGUAACUAAUGCCAGUGCAAGGUUACGUUCUCAAGAAAAUGAAUAAAAAUAUUCUUAUUUGAUUUAAUAAUAAAAUAUUUAAAACAAA